AUGGCGGCGGCGCGGCGGGUGCAGCUGCGGGCGCUGCUGCUGCUGCUGCUGCUGCUGCUGCUGCUCGGCGCGGCGGGGCCCGGCGCUCGGGCCGCGCGGAGCCGCGGGGCCGACCGCCAGAACAGCCUCCGCCGCGCCGCCAGCGGCCUCUACCAGGGCGUCAGCGGCCUCUUCGGCGAGGACAACGUGCGGGCCCUGCAGAAGUUUUUCUCAAGGUUGACAGAGAGGUUUGUGAAUGGGGUGGAUGUAUUAAUGGACACAUUCUGGAGAAUAUGGACUGAUUUGUUAGAUGUUCUUGGAAUUGAUGCCUCCAACCUGACUCAUUAUUUCAGCCCGGCAGCGAUUGCCAACAACCCGACCCGCGCCCUCCUGCUGAUCGGUGCCAUUCUACUGGCCUACUGGUUUUUAUCUCUCUUCCUUGGAUUCUUCUUCUAUCUCCUGCACAUGCUGUUUGGCCGCUUCUUCUGGAUCGCCAGGGUGGCCCUGUUCACCCUGUCCUGUGUGUACAUCCUGCAGAAGUACGAGGGCGACCCGGAGCACGCCGUGCUGCCCCUCUGCUUCGUCGUGGCCGUCUACUUCAUGACGGGGCCGGUUGGGUUUUACUGGAGAAGAAACAGCAACAGCAGCCUGGAGGAGAAGAUGGACCACCUGGAUAGUCAGAUCAGACUGCUGAACAUCCGCCUUUCCAGGGUGAUCGAGAACCUGGACAGGGGCAGCGAGCAGUGAACCCGCCCCUACUCACCACUCUACACCAGCUCUGGAAAAAUCCUAAGCACUGUCUCAUCCGAAGUUACAAAGCAACAAAACAUCACAUGGUAAAAAGUGUGCGAAGUUAUAACUUUCCAUCGUGUCUAAGACUUAAUUUGUCUAGGUUAAACACUCAGCCGUUAGACUUCUAGGAGAAAGGAAAAAACAUUUACAAAAUUCAGCUGUAUAUUCAGAGUUUUAUCCAGUACUAGAAUUUUCUCAGUAGAUAAACGCUUACUUUUACAAGCAUUUAAAAGCAUCUUUUGUAAAGUUUUUAUAAAAGCAAAUUGAGUAGUCUUUCAGAUAUUGAAAUUGAGUUAAACAUAUGCAAAUUUGACAAUUUAACAGUUAAAAAGAAAAAAAAAAAAUCUCAAGCUACCAAGCACUUCCAUUGAGAAGUAACUGCUGUGGGUCCAUAUUUUUUCUUCAGAGUUGUGAAUGUUUUUGUGUUUUUGUUGGCUUAUUCCAUUGCCUUGAAGUUGCCUUUCAUAGAGUAUCAGAUGAGGAAUUUUCUGGUAUCCAGGCCAAAAAAUUCACACCAUAGCUUUUAACAGGAGGUGGGGAAUGAGGGAGAAGGAAGAUCUGAAGUCCUUAAAUGCCAGUCCAAUGUGAGGAAGCACACGUGUGGCAUUUUAUCAUUGCAUUUCAUCCCGAGAACUUUAAUUUGUUAGUGUCUGGAAGGAAAUCUGCUUUAAUAAAUUGGCACAGAAGGAAGAUGUAGCGCGACAAAUUGUAAUUCAUAUUCGAUCUGCACAGUGAAGCAUUUGCCAAGCUUAAGUACAUAGACUAAAACAUGGCUUUUAAUCUCAGGACCCACGUACCUUCUCAGAAAAGGCAGCAGAUGAAACACGUGCAAAUGUAUUGUUGCUUAAAGCUUUCUCAGGACCAAUCAGCGGCAAUAAAUUACCUUCAGGAAGAUCUGGAUUUUUUUCUAAAAUUACAAUAGUUUUAUAGGAGCUUUUUGCUUGAAGUCUAUGUCCUCAUUAGGUUUUGGGAAAAGCGAGUCACCUUUAAGAGGAGGGUGCAGGAAACGGUUCUCUUUCAAAGCCGUGGAGCUUUGGAGCAAUUUUAUUUUUAUUUUGCAGGGUUUCUGUAUUUCUUAGAGCUAACGAGCUUGGUAGGGCAUCACUGGCUGUGCUGGUUUACUGAAACAAAGGUAACCUCAGGGAAGGAAGUCUGGAAUGUGGUUUCACCUGGAAGCAGCAGCAUCCAAGGACACAGACGUGAGGAGGGAAGGGAAGCACCUACCCCUAGUGAUGAGCACAGUUCUGAUACCACGAGGGGUAGGAUGGAGCACAGCUGGAGCAUUCCAUAUUCCAUAGGGUCCAAACGAACAACUACAUCAAAAAGUGCAACAAAAAUUGGUCUGGGAUGGGGCCUGGCCACAAAGCAAGGGAGUGAGGAGGAGGAGGAGGAGGUUCCCCAGGUGUGCCUGCCAGUGCCAGCUCUGGUGGGACAGGCUGGGGCAGCUGAGCACAGCUUGUUCUUCCACUGGGCAAAGCUUCUGGAUGUGAUGCUUAACUGAAUGUAACUGUGGGGCGAGUUUAUUUUUCUCUUUAUGCUGGAGUUUAAUGUUCUUGAAAUAUGUGUAUUACUUGCCUAACCUCUUUGGGUCUGUGUGUGGCAUUUCCAUGGGGGUUAUUUUUAAAUCCAUGUUAAUGGCCUUUACUCCUGGUGAUCACUUCGGUUCAACACGGUUGAAGUUCAUAUGCACUUGGCACAGUUGGAAUGCAUUUUAAUUUUUUAUGUCACCUGUAAAUCCCCCUGCACCCCAUUUAUUAACAAGUACAUGGUUUAGAGUUGUUAAAUAACUGGUUAUCACAACUUAAAAUCUUUCCUGUGAUCAGAUAGGGACUAUGGCAACAAAUAGUCCAUUUUGUCAAGCUGAAAAUGUAAAUUACAGUAAAUUCCUUUUUUCAGCUCAUUUUCCAUAUUAUUACAGAGUCUUCCCUGUAGACUCAGUUCUCCCUACUGUUGUGCACAGAGGACUGGGCUGAAAUGCCAACCUGGAAAUUAGGAAUUGUCUAGUAAAGCUUGUCAGGUCUUGAUGUGUUUUGCCAAAUUUGAGACCUGAGGACCAAAGUUUGCAAACCAUGCUCAUGUGAGUGGCUCCACCGCCUUCUUGGGACAAUGUGCAUGGGUCAGUUUGCAUAGAUUGUAUUUUGUGUAAUCCAUAUUUAACGUUAAAGUUAAAAAUACUGAACAUUUAUAUAUUAAGAGUUGUCUAUGAUAAAGAUUUCUUUGAAAGUAUUAUAUGAAUGUUAAUUUGGAUUAUAGUUUCUCCCUGUCUCACUCUAAUAAUUUAUCUUAGUUUUGUAAAAUCAGCCCUCCUAUAUUGAUAUUCUUUAUUUCGAUCACCCUGCUGCUUGAAAAAUGGUAUUUUUAUAUUUACUUGCAUCCCAUGUAUAGCAAAAUGUUAUGUGAAAAGCAGUAUAUAUAAAAUUGGGUAUUUUUAAUCAGUAUUUUUCCCAGCACUCAGUUUUCACAUUAGUCAAAUUCAGAAGUAACAAUUUUUUUAAAGCACAAUCUAAUCCUCAAUAUAUAUAUAUACAUAUAUAUAAAUAUAUAUACUUUAAAAAUGCUCUGUAUUUUUAAACAUGCACUGUAGUGAAAGCGCUUUUGGGGACAUGAAUGUGGUAUUGUAUUUAAUCUCUUUCAACUUUUGUAAAUACCUUUUACAAGUGUUUUCCAUACUGGGCCAUCUAGUUUAUCCACGGAGGUUUUUGCUGUUUUUUAGAAACCCGUGCCAGUGGCUGCACUGCUUUUGUAUCCCACAGAGCAUCUCAGAGACUGGCAGGGCUCUGUGUCACCUGUGGGCAAACCGAGCCUGGCAGGUGACACCUGCAGGGGUGGCACUGGACAACCCUCAGCAGUGGCACCUGUCCCAUGGCAGGGAUGGCACGGGACAACCCUCAGCAGUGACACCUGUCCUAGGUGAGGAUGGCACGGGACAACCCUCAGCAGUGACACCUGUCCUAGGUGAGGAUGGCACUGAACAACCCUCAGCAGUGACACCUGUCCUAGGUGAGGAUGGCACGGGACAACCCUCAGCAGUGACACCUGUCCUAGGUGAGGAUGGCACUGGACAACCCUCAGCAGUGACACCUGUCCUAGGUGAGGAUGGCACGGGACAACCCUCAGCAGUGACACCUGUCCUAGGUGAGGAUGGCACUGAACAACCCUCAGCAGUGACACCUGUCCUAGGUGAGGAUGGCACGGGACAACCCUCAGCAGUGACACCUGUCCUAGAUGAGGAUGGCACAGGACAACCCUCAGCAGGGACACCUGUCCUAGGUGAGGAUGGCACUGGACAAGCCUCAGCAGGGACACCUGUCCCAUGGCAGGGAUGGCACGGGACAACCCUCAGCAGUGACACCUGUCCUAGGUGAGGAUGGCACAGGACAACCCUCAGCAGGGACACCUGUCCUAGGUGAGGAUGGCAUGGGACAACCCUCAGCAGUGACACCUGUCCUAGGUGAGGAUGGCACAGGACAACCCUCAGCAGUGACACCUGUCCUAGGUGAGGAUGGCACAGGACAACCCUCAGCAGUGACACCUGUCCUAGGUGAGGAUGGCACUGGACAACCCUCAGCAGUGACACCUGUCCCAUGGCAGGGAUGGCACGGGACAACCCUCAGCAGUGACACCUGUCCCAUGGCAGGGAUGGCACGGGACAACCCUGGUAGCUUCAGCUUUUUGCCGUGACUUCAUGGAGCUCUGCCACAGCCAUGCCCGUGGUGCCCUGCUGGGAGCUGCUGCUGGGGCACAGGUGACACAGGGACAGCCUCACCUGGCUGCUCCUGCAGGACACAUCCUGCUCCUGGACCUUCCUGUGGCCGCUGGAGAACCCAUCCCUGAGUGAGCAGCUGGCACAAGCCCCAAGGAUGGGCUCUGGCUGCCCGGGAUCGGGAACUCGAUGGCGUUCUGAGGGUUUUCACCUGCCUGCUCUGGGAGCCAGCCUCUGGAAUCCUGCAGUGCUCUUCCCAUUCCUGAGGGUUUUCACCUGCCUGCUCUGGGAGCCAGCCUCUGGAAUCCUGCAGUGCUCUUCCCAUUCCUGAGGGUUUUCACCUGCCUGCUGUGGGAGCCAGCCUCUGGAAUCCUGCAGUGCUCUUCCCAUUCCUGAGGGUUUUCACCUGCCUGCUUUAGGACCCAGCCUCUGGAAUCCUGCAGUGCUCUUCCAGCUCUGGGAGGCAGCCUCUGGAAUCCUGCAGUGCUCUUCCCAUUCCUGAGGGUUUUCACCUGCCUGCUUUAGGACCCAGCCUCUGGGGUCCUGCCGUGCUCUUCCCAUUCCUGAGGGUUUUCACCUGCCUGCUGUGGGAGCCAGCCUCUGGAAUCCUGCAGUGCUCUUCCAGCUCUGGGAGGCAGCCUCUGGAAUCCUGCAGUGCUCUUCCCAUUCCUGAGGGUUUUCACCUGCCUGCUUUAGGACCCAGCCUCUGGGGUCCUGCCGUGCUCUUCCCAUUCCUGAAGGUUUUCACCUGCCUGCUUUAGGACCCAGCCUCUGGGGUCCUGCCGUGCUCUUCCUGCCCUCGCAGGGCGGCUCCCCUGGACGCACACACCUGUAGAUACCCGAGUGUCCUGUGGAAUGUGACACUUCCGCAGUGGUUUUGGGUGUCAGAGUGCAGUGUAAAACCUGGCGUGGCUCAGUGCUGUACUUCUAGCGCCUCCUUCACUUCGUGGUUUGCUUCUCAAGACUCGUUGCAUCGUCGGUGUGGAAAAUAGACCAGUAUCAACCUUAGCUCUUCGGUGGUGUAGAAGUGUUUCAGUGUGGUUUGCCUCACAUACUGAUCCGUAUUUGGCAGCUAAUGGCGUUAAGUGACCAUGAGUUCUCUUUGUCUGGGUUGGAAAAUAAAAGGUUUUAUUGUAUCCGCAUGUAUUUUAAACUUUUUGGAUAAUUCCAUCGACCUGUGAUGACAGCACAUGUAAAAACCGAUCUUUUCCUUUUAUUCAGAAGUUAUAUUUGCUGUGGUAGCACUUGUUGUUGGCACUGAUGGUAGUGAUUUCACGUCCUGUUUUGUACAUCAGGUUUCAUGAUUACAGUGUUUAAGUUUGUACAAUUGUUCAUGUAAAAAUGAUUUGGUCUGAAGAGAUGCCGUGUGUUCACUUCUGAUCCUAGACACAUCCGAGAUCCUACUGGUAAUACUGUUAAGUAGUUACAACUGUACCAGACUUAUUUUUUACAGAGCUUUACAUGCCUUUAUUUAUUCCUUUAUCGGACCAUCCAAACCAUGUACUCCGUAGUUCAGUAUUUGUAGACCAGUUUCACAAAUCAACUUAAGGUUAAUUGUGGCAAAGCUUCGAAUAAAUGUUUACUGAGACUUUGCACUGA